CCCCCCCCCCCCCGAAAAAAACCAAACCAAAGUUCAAAGGUCGCCUCACAGACCACCCAAUUCUUCAUUUCCCUUUCUUUCUCCUCUUUCUUAGCUUCUCGACUUGUCACUCUUUUCCCAAGUUCUAAUCCUUGUCUCGGGGCUUCACCUUUUUUGCUUCAUUUCUUUUUAUUUUUCUUCUUCUUUUAUUCUUUUAUUCCACUUGAGCCAUUAUUUCCGGGUCAACCUAUUCGGUCGUUCUCUCCGUUGAACCCUUCCCCCCCAAGUAAUAUUGGAACGUCGUUCUCUCGCUCAUAAUUUAAUUUCCUCCCACCAUAAACCGCAGCCUCUCCCUUUUGGUCGGUGUCCGCCUUUCUCUCUCCCCUUACUCGGCUCGACGCGCGAACCUUACUUGACCACCUUCUCUUCCUUCCUACUACUUACCGGUCCAACCCACACACACACCCCCCCCCUUCCCUUCCCGUGUGUGCGCAUAUAGUUAAUUCGCACCUCAAAUCGUCCCGAUAACAAAAAAAAAAAAAUUAAAGAUUUAAAAAGAAAAAGAAACAAAGAACAAUUUAGUCUAUCACGAUGCCUGCUUACGAGCUUCGAUCGGGAGGGGAUGUUAAGAACAAGAAGCAAAGUGUGGCCGAUUUGAAGUAUCGACGAUUGACAGAGCUCAAUGCUCGUCUGAAGGAAGACCUGGACCGUCCCCGGGUCAAAGUGUCCGAGGCUGCGAUGUCGCUGAUUAAUUACUGCAACAACACUCGCGACUUUAUGGUACCUUCCGUAUGGGGCCAGGUCGACAAACGCGAUGACCCAUACGCCCCUCAGCAGCAGGGAGGCUGUUGCACGGUCAUGUAAUGGAUCCAUGACAUUCCACGCCAUUAACUGAGCUACCAAGCGGUCCAUUCUACCCUCAAACGCUACGACAUCACCUUUUACUACCUAAUCUUAUUCUUCUCAAUACCUCUUUUGACCUUUGAAAACGUCGUAUCGCUACCCACUCGUCACGACCAGGACUACGUACCGACAACCGAUCAGCGGGGAGGCGCGGGAUUUCUGGGUGCUCGUGAAGCUGUUCAGCCCCCGAAGGAAACACGCGCUGGACCUGCAUGAACUUCGGACGCUGACGACGGGCCAGUGUAUGGUCGCAUUGGCCCAUGGGAUCCGCUGUUGAUGACCUCGAUAAACUUCGAUAUGCGACGUCUCUCUUUUUUCUCUUUUCCUCUUAUCUUUCUCUUCGAGCUAUUUGUGCCUUGAUAUGUUGAAAAUUCCCUUUCUAGCCUUGGCGGUAUGCCCAUUUCUUCCCCAGUGAUAUCUUUGAUUCCUUGAUAUUUCCUAUGUUCUACUGUUAUGGAUGGUGUGGGCUUCUUUUUUUUUUUUUUCCUUCUUCGU